AUGGCCUUGGUGACCCUGUAACAGUAGCCCAUGCCCAGCACCGCCUCCUCCUCCACCAGCAACAGCGAGUUGGAGGCUGGCAGCAUGAAGAUCGGUUUCUGCUUAAGUGAGAGCUUUUUCAUGGUGAAAGGAGCAGCCCUCUUCUUACAACAGGGAAACAGCCCUCAAGGCCAGAGGAGUCUUCAGCAUCCCCACAAGCAUGCAGGUGACUUGCCCCAACAUCUUCAAGUAAUGAUCAACCUUCUGCAGUGUGAAGAUAGAAUCAAGCUGGCUGUGCGCUUGGAGAGCGCCUGGGCAGAGCGGGUCCGGUACAUGGUGGUGGUGGACAGCAGCGGGCACCAGGACACUGAGGAGAGCAUCUUGCUGGGAGUCGACUUUUCCAGUAAGGAAAGUAAAAGCUGCACCAUUGGCAUGGUCGUCCGACUGUGGAGCAACACAAAAAUCCACCUUGAUGGAGAUGGUGGAUUCAGCAUCAGCACAGCAGGAAGGAUGCACGUCUUCAAGCCCGUAUCUGUCCAGGCCAUGUGGUCUGCCCUGCAGGUCAUUCACAAGGCCUGUGAAGUGGCACGAUGGCACAACUACUUCCCCGGAGGUGUGGCCCUCAUCUGGGCCACCUACUAUGAGAGCUGCAUUAGCUCUGAUCAGAGCUGCAUCAACGAGUGGAACACCAUGCAGGACCUGGAGUCCACACGGCCCGACUCCCCAGCCCUAUUUGUGGACAAGCCAACUGAAGGGGAAAGGACUGAGAGCCUCAUCAAAGCCAAACUCCAGAGCAUCAUGAUGAGCCAGGAUCUAGAAAACGUGACCUCCAAAGAAAUCCGUAAUGAGUUAGAGAAACAGAUGAACUGUAACUUGAAAGAAUUCAAAGAAUUCAUAGACAACGAGAUGCUGCUUAUCUUGGGACAGAUGGACAAACCCUCCUUGAUCUUCAAUCAUCUUUAUCUCGGCUCGGAAUGGAAUGCAUCCAAUCUGGAGGAACUGCAGGGCUCAGGUGUGGACUACAUUCUGAAUGUCACUAGAGAGAGAGAUAAUUUUUUUCCUGGCUUAUUUGCAUAUCAUAACAUCCGAGUGUAUGAUGAAGAGACAACUGACCUUCUUGCCCACUGGAAUGAAGCUUACCAAUUCAUAAACAAAGCGAAGAGGAACCACUCCAAGUGCCUGGUACAUUGCAAAAUGGGUGUCAGUCGAUCGGCUUCCACCGUCAUAGCCUAUGCCAUGAAGGAAUUUGGCUGGCCUCUGGAAAAAGCUUACAACUAUGUGAAGCAAAAGCGCAGCAUUACACACCCCAAGGCAGGCUUUAUGAGGCAGCUGUCUGAGUAUGAAGGCAUCUUGGAUGCGAGCAAACAGCAGCACAACAAGCUGUGGUGCCAGCAGACCAAGAGCUGCCUGCAGCAGCCUGUGGAUGACCCUGCAGGGCCUGGGGACUUCUUGCCAGAGACCCUGGAUGACACCCCAGAAGGCCAGCUGCCCUGCUUGGAUGAUGCCGCCCAGCCUGGUUUCCCAGGCAGCAGGUCCUCAGGAGGACCCGCUCUUCCCUGCUGUUUCCAGCGACUCUCAGACCCUGUCCUGCACUCCCUGAAUGAUAAAACAGGCAGCAUGGUCCCCCUGGAGGACCUGGAGAGGGACGCUCUGCUGGGGGAAGCGGCUCAGCCAGCAGAGGGUCACAAGCCUGCCAGACAUGCCCAGGAAGGUUCUGGACUCUGUGAGAAGGAAAUGAAGAAGAAACUAGAGUUUGGGAGCCCCGAAGCCCGUUGUGGCUCCUUGCCACAGGUGGAGGAGAUGGAAAGGGAGGAGGGCCCCGGAGGAGGGACGUGGGGGCAGCCCCCAGCCCAGCUUGACAAAACCCUGCUCAACUGUGAAAACCUAAGUAACAACAACAGCAAGAGGAGCUGUCCGGACGACUUUGAGCAUGCUGCCCUUUUGGGGAUCCUUAACAAAGUGAAGCCUUCCUACAAAUCCUGUGCCGACUGCAUGUACCCUACAGCCAUUAGGGCUCCAGAGGCCUUGGGGGAGCAGUGCGAGAACCCCUGUGCUCCUGCCAUCUGCACCCAGCCAGCCUUCCUGCCCCACUUCACUUCUUCCCCUGUGGGCCACAUGUCUGGUAGGUCCCGAGCUUUGGAGAAGCUGGCCUCUGGGCCAACCAAAAGUUCCCCAUUUCUACCACCAGCAGGCUCGAGGAGGCCAGACUCCAGUGGUUCUGGGGCAGGGGCUGUCCCAGAGCUACCAGCUAGCCUUUUGGAACCUUCCAGAGAGACCCAAAAAGUCCUGUCAAAGUCCCUCCUUUUGAAGAACUCUCACUGUGAUAAGAACUCUCCCAGCAUGGAAGUUGUGAAGGAGGAACCGCCAUCUAAGAAAGAUCUGAAGCCGGCCAAGGACCUGCGUCUGCAGUUCAGUAAAGAAUCCGAGAAACCCACAACCAACAGCUACUUGAUGCAGCACCAGGAAUCCAUCAUUCAGCUGCAGAAGGCAGGCUUGGUCCACAAGCACACCAAAGAACUGGAGAGGCUAAAGGGCAUGCCUGCAGACCCGGCGUCUCCCUUCAGGGACAGCGCCACCAGCAGGCUGGAGGCCAGCAUACCAGAGGAGAACCAGGAUCUGGCUGCUGUCCCUCCCCCGGGACUCCCGGCUCCACCCAGCAUUGCUGGCGGCGAGAAGUCAGACUCUGCCCACCCCCCACCAGAAGGGGCCUCAUUGAAAAGCCCUACUCCUUUCCUCUGCCGCCUGGACCACACCAGUCAUUUCUCAAAAGACUUUCUGAAGACCAUCUGCUACACACCCACCUCCUCCUCCAUGAGUUCCAACCUGACUCGGAGUUCCAGUAGUGACAGCAUCCACAGCGUCCAUGGGAAGCCGGGCCUGGUGAAGCAGCGGAUGCAGGAAAUCGAGACCCGGCUCCGGCUGGCAGGCCUCACGGUCUCAUCCCCACUGAAGCGCUCCCACUCUCUUGCCAAGCUUGGAAGUCUCAACUUUUCGGCCGAGGACCUGUCCUGUGAGGCCGACGUGUCCACAAUAGCCGACUCCCAGGGUGCCAAGCUGAGUGAGUGUUCCUUCUUGAACGCGUCCCAGGCAACCGCAGGGAACCCAGCCACAACCUCUGAACAGUCAGGGAAAUCUGCCCCAGAAAACCUGAGAAGCUCCUCAUCGAUGAGCAAAAGCUGA